AUGACGGCCAGUCCGACAACGGCGCCUUGCUCGCUUGGUGUGAGGAAAACCGAGCUGGGGCAUACUGAAACAGCCAAAAGAAGGAGAAGGCGGCAAAGGUCUCGGAGACGCAGUGUGCCAGGCCAAGAUGCGCAUGGCUAAGGCAACGCAGAAUAUUUAAAGGGAGGAAAAUGAGCCACAUAUAACAUGGUGGUUAGCACCAGGUGGGCAGUCCUGUUGGUCUGAAGCAGUAGAACCGGGCUUGAUUCUAGUGGCACCUUUAAGACCGACAAAGGUGUAUUCACGGCAUGAACUACGUACUUCCUGACGUAAAAGAGCGUAGCUGCGCUGGGACGGCGUAUAUUAUGCGUCGUGCGGAACCUCCCCCCUCCCUAACAGCUAAAGUUGAGCGCUCUGCGUAACGUAGUGACGUCCCUUGUCUCGUAGGUGAAAGAUGGCGGCGCCCGGCAGCAUGGAAGAGAUCCGAAGUCGCGUGGUUCUAGGCGAGUUUGGCGUUCGCAACGUCCAUACUACAGACUUUCCUGGGAACUAUUCUGGGUAUGAUGAUUCCUGGGAUAAGGAGAAGUUUGAAAAGAAUUUCAGAGUAGAUGUGCUUCACAUGGAUGAAAGCACUCUAGAAUUUGACAUGGUGGGGACUGAUGCAGCUAUUGCAAAUGCUUUUCGACGUAUCUUGCUUGCUGAGGUGCCAACCAUGGCUGUGGAGAAGGUCUUUGUGUACAACAACACCUCCAUUGUGCAAGAUGAAAUCCUGGCCCAUCGAUUAGGGCUGAUCCCUAUACGUGCUGAUCCUCGUCUCUUUGAAUACAAGAGUGAAGAAGACGUGUAUGAUGAAAUUAACACUCUGCAGUUCCAGUUGAAAAUAAAGUGUACCAAGAACCCUCAGGCAGCCAAGGAGUCAUCUGAUCCUAAUGAACUGUACAUCAACCAUAAAGUCUAUAGCAAGCACAUGGAAUGGGUACCACUGGGGUCUCAGGCAGACAAUCUGAAUGCUGACUUCCGUCCUGUACAUGAUGACAUCCUCAUUGCCCAGUUGCGUCCUGGCCAAGAAAUCGAUAUACUUAUGCAUUGUGUAAAAGGCAUUGGUAAAGAUCAUGCAAAGUUUUCUCCUGUGGCCACAGCCAGUUACCGACUAUUGCCAGAGAUAACUCUACUGCAGCCUGUUGAAGGGGAAGCAGCUGAGAGGCUGAAGAAGUGUUUUUCUCCUGGGGUUAUAGAGAUUCAGGAAAUCAAAGGGAAAAAAGUGGCAAGAGUGGUCAAUGCUAGAUUAGAUACGUUUAGCCGGGAAAUUUUUCGUCAUGAUGAUCUGAAAACCUUUGUGCGGCUGGCUCGAGUGCGAGAUCACUAUAUUUUCUCUGUGGAAUCAACAGGCGUUCUGCCUCCAGAUGUGUUGGUGAGUGAAGCAAUCAAGGUCUUAAUGGGAAAAUGUCAGCGCUUCUUGGAGGAGCUGAAAUCCAUUCAGAGGAAGUAAGAAGCUUGUGUUCUUAGACUUCAGCAUAAUGGUCUGCUUCGUUGGGGUGCCUGCAGCUGUGACUUGAAGGAUGGCUUCCAACCAAAUUGUGUAUCUAUCACUAUGUGGAUAACUCUUUACCGUGGAUUUGAAAGAUUGGGACUGGAUACUUCAUGCUUUCUACUUGGACAUUAACUUGAGCAAUGAUUGAGAAUGAGCUACUGUGCAGCUACUUCUUGCAAAAACUUUCCACAUAGGAAUGGUUUGGGGCGGGCGGAGAGGUCUUCUUAUCUCAAAGAAGAAUUAAUACUGUGGAAGCCUGUGAAUAGAUGGACUGUUGGAACUAAAUUGCAGGAUCUCCCAAGUUGCUUGAUUUGCUUUCAGUUAUCUCCCCCAAGGAGAACAGAGCUCUUGUUAAUUGGUGAAUCAGUUGUCAAACAGGUCACAACAGCUGUCUUUUUAGUGAUGUGUACUGGCAAGAUUGUAGGCAUUCACACAAGACUUUGUACUAUGUAAGACAACAAUCUGUGUACUAGACCAGAAGUUUAAAAAUGUGACUCAUUCGUUAACCGCAUGACUUUGUUAUGGAAGGGGGCAGGCAGAGAAAAUAUGAAACACUGUAGGAAUGAAGACUCUCGACACAUGUAUUGAGGAAGUGAGGAAAGCUUGCUUGCUCUCUGCAAGUCCUCAUUUUAUUUAUACAUCUGUAGUUGCUGUUAAUAAUAAUCAGACAGUUAAUGAAACAGGAAGCAUUUGUUCAAUAACAUGAGGUUAUGUCUUCAUAGCCUCCAAGAUUCGAUACAGCCAGCAAUUUAUCAAGAAUACAUUUGUCAGCAAAAGGAAGCGAGAAUACGAGUGUAAGAUCUCUGCUCCCUUUUAGCCUUUCAGACACAAUGUGGGCGGCUCACGCUGAUAUGCGAAAUGUGUGAUCCACCCACAUUUCUGUCUUCAGGCUUUGUGGGGUCUGGGGGCUCGAGCGCGUGAGCCCCACAUUCCACUCUUUUCUCUUUUAUAUGACUGCUUACGAAGGGCAGCAAAAUGACAAUUUGGUUUUGACAUUCCCAGGAAGGAAUAGAAUGACAUUAUAAUGGGGGUAACGAAGGAGUGUAGUAAUAGAGAUGGGGUAAAGAUAAACCACAGGUGGAGAACAAACAAUGAUGGUUUUUAGCAUUCACACUGGCACAUCUUAAUAUUUAAUUUUUAUCCGUCCAGAAAAGAUGCAUGUGUAGGGGGAGAAGGGUUAUUCAGAGGCAUAUUUUGGCUAGGUAGCCCAGCCAUCCACUACAGAGCUGUUCAGGUCUCCAUCAUGGGGCUGGGCAUGCAGGCUAGCGUGAGAGGGCCCACCAUGUCUUUUGAGGCUAGGCUACCCUCUUUAUACAAUUGUACUCUGGUAUCAGUUCUCCCCCCUGCCCCUGCACUGUAUAAUUCUUGGAGAGUGUAUGCCAAAUUGCAUGAUGUGCUCUCAUUUAAGUUUCAAACAACCAAAACACAGUUGAGACAAGAGGGGAAUGGGAAUGUCAAUUACCAAAAAGUAAGCUCUAUAUGUAUAAUGGAAAGCUAUGUGUCUUGGUAUUGACAAUUCUUUAUCAAUAAACAUUACUAGUUAUGAUGCAAAAAUACAAAAA